UAUUGGAAUAUAUGCCUAAUGGAAAUCUUAGCAAAUGGCUGUACUCUUGCGACUAUUGCCUAAAUAUAACCCAAAGAUUGGAAAUAAUGAUAAAUGUUGCAUCUGCACUGGAGUAUCUACAUCAUGGGUAUACCUCUCCAAUUGUCCAUUGUGAUUUGAAGCCCAGCAACAUACUUUUAGAUGAAGAUAUGGUUGCUCAUGUUGGAGACUUUGACAUUGCCAAGCUUUUCAAAGAAGACCAGAUAAUUUCUCUGUCCAAGACCUUGGGCACCAUUGGGUAUAUAGCACCAGAGUAUGGAUCAACAGGAACUAUUUCGACUAUGGUGGAUGUUUAUAGUUAUGGAAUUAUGCUAAUCGAAACAUUUACCAAAAAGAAGCCGACGGAUAAUAUAUUUGUCGAAGAUUUCACCAUGAGAAGAUGGGUUUUUAAUUCAUUCCCUGAUGCAAUAAUGCACAUAGUUGAUGUCGAUGUAGUGAAUGGAGUUGAAGGAAAUAUUAGAACUAAAGAGAGCUGCUUCACAUCAAUCAUGGAACUAGCACUAGAAUGCACGACUGAUUUGCCUAAGGAGAGGCUCAAUAUGAAAGAUGUUCUAAUAAGACUCAAGAAGAUCAAAAUUGAAUUUUGUCAAUGUGCAAACUAAAAAGGUUUGUUUCUUAUCACGUGUACUUUUUCCAUUUAAUGAGAACACAAAAGGAUGAUUAUUUGAAGUAGAAAGUCAUUAAAGAAAUCCUAACCUAUUAACUUUUUUGAAGCGAAGCUUAAUAUUAACUACUAUUGAAAACAGAAUUUAAUCAUCUCAAAAGCUUAUUAUAUAUUGCGGAGAUCUUGAUAAUCAUUGUGAAGAUAAUCUCUGGUUGGCUUCCACUGCUGUGUUGCGGCGGCGACGGUGGUGCGUGGUGUUGAUGUGUUGUUGGACCAAAACUGUACUGUAAAUUAAUUUGUUUAAUAAAUAAAUAAUUUUAUGAAGUACUGUAAAAUGUAUUAUACAUGUAACUAUUUUAUUAAUCUGAAGUGUGGCAUGCUA